AUGGUUGUUGAAUGGCUGCGACUGGACCGUGCAGACACCCUUCUCUCUAUCUCGCUGGGAGUGGUCAAGCUGGCCGUUGUAGUCGACUGCAUCUUGGUCGUCACGCAUCAUCUGACGCGUCUGUCGGCAUCGAACCGGAUGCUGGCGAUCGUGGUAUACCAAAUGCCCUUCGUUACUGGGCCGCUCUCGGAGUUUGAGCUUACCAGGCUGAUGCUCACAGACAAUGCGACGUCGGCGGCGAACACCUUCCUGGUUGGAUGUGUGUAUGUGAAGCCUCUGGUAGCAGGCGCACUUUGCCUUGCCCUCCAUGGCCUGCACACUGGAGGGUCCGGGAUGCAGCGACAAGCUACCGAUCUGUUGGAUGUAUCCAAAGUCUUUCUACGGAGUGGGCCCUUGAUGGUACUGUCCACAUACGGACUGGGGCUUGAGUCGCUGCCGAUGCUCACAGCUGCUGCGGGAGACAGCCCGUGGCUGUCCCGGGGGGUUCCUGUCCUCCUCCUCCUAUCCAUCGGCUUCACCUGCUACUUCUGGUACUGGCAUACUGACAAGUACCGUACCAUCGCAAGCAAGAAGUACAACACUUGCAACGACAGUGAAUGGGUGGUGCUGCUAGUCUGCUUGGUGGCGCUCAAGGUAGGAGCCGCUCGUCUGGUGCACAGCGUCUGGAACCAGAUGCAAGCCAUUGCAUGGACAGCGGGCCAAGACAGUACUUGGGAGGCCAGCGGCGCUGUGGUCCAGUUUGCUGUCCUUCCGCUUGCGGUGACGGCCGUGGACCACCUCGCAGACAUCAGCGCUGCCUAUCGAGGGGACAUUGAUUGGCCGUGGGCGAGUCUCUGUCAGUCCACACUGCAGACGUUUUUUUUCAUCAGGCCGCUGUUCACACUCGUGGGCCAUAACCUGGACCCUCGGAGCGGUCGCAUCGGCAUCGCACUGUGCUUUCUCGGCAUUGCCUUGUGGCUGUCGCUGCCGGCUCUCUCACGAUUGCUCAAAGGCUCUGUUUUGCUUCUCGCCUACUCGGCAGUGUUGGCCGUCUGUGUAGUCCAGCCAGACUUUUUUGAGGCAUAUGUGUUGUAG